GACGACGUUAAUCCCGACAUUGGACAGCGACGACAUUACACAGUAGGGGCACCCUGACCGAGAGGGGGAACGCCAUUUCGAAAACACAGACCCGCUCAGCACUUCCCACCAAACACUGGCCACAGCCAUCAUGACCGCCCUCUUCAACUUCCAAUCCCUCCUCCUCGUCCUUCUCCUCACCAUCUGCACCUCGACCUACUUCCACGCCGUCUUCCCCGGCAUCAUGGACCGCAACAAGGACAACUACCUCGUCGGGCCCUUCUGGAAGUGCGCUCGUGUGGGGGAGAGGCUGAGUCCCUAUGUGAGCAUCGCAUGUGUGGUCAUGGCGGCGAUCGAAUUCAUGGGGUAAACAAGGGAAACUCUGCGGUAGUUGGACAUCAUGUGUGCAUCUCUGGCCAUGGUGGCCAUGGGCUCAGUUAAAGGAGUUGAUCUUCCUGGAAGCCCGAAUCCACUGUUGGCAUGGAGCAUGGCGUUGUGGGGUUAUCUAGAAACGACGUCGCUUGUCAGGCAUGAAACACCGUUUGAACCCUCUUCCCCAGCAUAAAGAAGCAGGAUUGGAUCACGGUGCAAGAAAAAGUAGCUUUUAGAG